AUGUCAACCCUCGACCUUUUGAGCCAGUCCCCCGUGCCUUGCUACGUCAAUGGCGAGGCGUUCAAGGGCUCGGGCAGCUACGCCGUCAAGGACCCUCAUAGCCCGUCCAAGACUUUGCACGAGGUGUCGUCCGUCACCAUCGCUGACGUACCCAAGGUGCUUGAGGCAGCGUCUAAAUCGUUCAAAGCAUGGCGAAACGUGAGUCUUGUGCCAGACGGUGCACUGGUCCAGGUCAUCCCGGGACGACCCUGUGGGGACACCGCCAGCCCCACAUCCGGAACUUUGAGUCGCUGAUUCGCGCCUUGCUGCCACCUGCUUCAUGACGAUCCCCAUCUAGACUCCCGUCACGCAACGUCGCGACAUCUUCAACAAGACCGUCGAGCUCUUCAAGGAGCACCAAAGCAAAUUCGCUGGCAUCGAAUCCGCUGAGACGACCUCGGCGCCCGGAUGGGCCGGCUUCGAUGCUUUCUUGGCCACCGAUUCGCGAGUUGCAAUCGUCUGUGCUGAGAUGUGUGACAGCGUGUGAUAUCAAGUGCUUAUCCACAUUCCCCAUGAUUUGCAGCCUCGCGGAAUCUGGUGCCGUUGCGACGGUCGCUCUUCGUGGAGAGAUUGCGACGACCGAAGCAGGCAAGCGAGCUUGUGAGUUACGUGCCUUGAACUUGCUCUUAUCGAGGAUAACGCAAGCUGAACCGUAUAACUCACAGUCAUAAAACGAUGCCCCUAUGGUACUGUCUUUUCAAUGGCACCCUGGAAUGCACCUUUGGUCCUCAGUAUGCGUUCGGUCUCUAAUCCCGUGAGCUCGAAUCCCUUUGCCGCCGGUCUCUCCUCGGACCUGACCUGACCUCCUCACCGAAUACAAUGUUACGCGACAGAUCAUCGGGGGGAACGUCGUCAUCUUGAAAACGUCGGAAAUGUCGCCCAAGACCCAGUUGACCUUGGCCCAACUCUUCCACGACGCCGGUCUCCCUGCCGGUGGUCCGUUCGAUCAAGGAUUAGAACUCGCAUAACAGGGCCCGAACAUGCAAUUCUGACAGGCGUAAUACUUGCUCUUGCACAGUCCUCAACGUCAUUCAUGUCGACCCCAAGGAUGCCCCUGCUGUCGUCGAAGCCAUCAUCGCCCAUGACUCUGUGGGCAAGGUCAAGUGAGCAGGCCCGCUGUACCCGCCGGAUUCGUUGAGGCUCGUGUAGAGAGCUAAUCCCGAUUCGACCACAGCUUCACGGGCUCGACUCGCGUCGGAGCCAUCAUUGCCGCCACCGCCGGAAAGCACAUCAAGCCCGUCGUUUUGGAACUUGGUGGCAAGGCCCCUGCGAUCGUCUGCCAUGAUGCCGACCUGAAGACGUAAGCCCCGAGGUAGAUUGUGGGGCUUCGUCUGAUCAGGUAGCUGAUCUCUUGACACUCUUGACAGCGCAUGGAACGCAAUCGCUUUCGGUGGAUGGUUCCAUUCGUGAGCAACUCACCUUAUCACACUGCCCUACUACGCGAGAAGCGUCAGCUGACCACGAUAAACCCCUUUCGCAAAAUUGCAGCGGCCAAAUUUGCAUGGCGACGCAGACCGUGAUCGCUCACGAAUCGGUCGCCGAGGAACUGCUCCAGUUGCUCAACAACCACAAACCUAAUGUCACAGCCGCGGGAGAAGGUGCACCUCUUCGUGGACUCUUCACCGAGGCUUCGGCCCAACGCGUCAAGGGCAUCAUCGACGAUGCGGUUUCAAAGGGCGCCAAGAUCGCAGUUGGCGACGCCAAGGUCGAGGGCAACGUGGUGCAGCCGAUCAUCCUCAAGGAUGUUACACCCGAGAUGCGUAAGUUGAACACGGUCAAGAGCGUGUACCGACUCCUUGUGUCAUGCUAAUGUGAACUUGCACGAUGUCUCCCUAUGUAGAAAUCUACCGCACCGAGAUGUUUGCUCCUGUCUUUUCUUUGAUCACUGUGAGCACCCGCGGUCCCAAUGCAUUAUACUCUCGACUCAUACUGACACACUAAUUCAUUGUUGCGUGUUCCAUAGUUCAAGGACGAAGAGGAAGCGAUCCGCAUCGCCAACGACCACGAAUACGGUCUGUCGGCGUCCAUCUAUUCUAAGGACGUCAACCGAGCUUUGUCCCUGGCCGACGAGAUUGAUUCGGGAGCUGGUCAGUCCUCUUGAUUCUUGCUGCCGAUAUGAGAGUGAGAGUGUGCGUUAGGUUUCUGAUUGUGCACGUGUCUGUCUUGGGCUUCACAGUCCACAUCAACGGUGCUUCGGUCGCGGAUGGUGCCGCACAUCCCCAUGGUGGGUGGAAGAAGAGCGGGUUCGGAAGGUGAGAUUUCUUCUUCGGGCGCUUUCGUCGCGAUCUACUCAUUGACAGUGGGUUUGCUCUUCCAGGUUCAACGGCAUCGAAGGUAUUCGCGAGUUCACCCAACUCAAGACGGUCACGAUCAACGAGCCCCACGGCCAAUACCCGAUUUAA